AUGAAAACUAUAAAUAAAAACUCUCACCUAAAAAACGAUGAUUUUACCCUUAAUGUUAACAAUAGCAAUGAUUUUAACAGAAUUUUAGGUGAAAUAAAAUUAAAACAACUGCAAUAUGAAAAGGAGAAAACUAAAAAGAAUCCUAAAUCCAAAAUAGAAACGAAGAAUGAAAAUAAGAUCGGAAGUCAUAAGAAAGAAUUAGAAAAAAAUACAAUGGAAUAUAAAAAAAUUCUGAGAAAAAAUAGAAAUAAUCAUGAAAAAUAUUCACGAAAGCAUAAAAGUGAGGAAAAAAUAAAAAAGGAAAUUUUUGAGGACACUCCUAUUUUUCCUCAUAUUAAGUCGUUAAUUUUAGAUCACGAAAGUGAAAGCAGAAAUUCUGAAUAUUCAUAUGAUAUGAAAAAUGCGAAAGAUGAAAAAAUUAAAAAUAAUAAUUCCCUUAACAAAAAUGGCAAUCAUACCAUAUACGACAUUUACACAAACACCUUAAAAAAACUUUCAAUAAAAGAUGAAAAUAAUUUUUUAAAAGGUAAAAAGAAAGGAAAUUUGUAUAUUAAUGAUAAAAUUCUAGAAAAUAAAAAAAAAAAUUUAUAUGGAGGAAUAAAAAAUAAAAAAAAUAUGAACUUAAUAAACGCAAAUAUCUCUAAUUCUUAUGAUACAUCGUCAUAUAGCAUUAUCCAAAGAAGUGAAAGUAAUAACUCCAAAAAAAGAGAAAGAGUAAAUGAUCAAAAACAAAAAGAAGCAAAACAAAAAAAAAGUUACCAGGAAAAUCACUGCCUCCAUAUUAAUAACAGAAAUUAUAAUGAUAUAGAAAACAUUAAUAAUAAUUAUGCCACAAAUAACCAAACGUAUUAUGAUAAUAGGUUAGCGGAUAAUUGUAAUAUAAUCAAAGAAAAUCAUAAUUAUAGUAGUGAUAAAUGCUAUGAAGAUGAAAACACAAAAGGAAGAAAAAAAGAAAAAUUGGAAAAAGAACAAGAUGAAUAUAAAUAUGAAUAUGAAGAGAAAAAUAAAGGAAAAUAUCAAGAUAAUAAUGAAGACUAUUAUAUAAAUGAAGAGAGUUACGAAAACUCAAUAGAAAUGGAAAAGAGUCAUAAAAGCAACACAAAUGAAUCAAUAUCCUUAAAAAAUGAAAAUUUUCUAUUGAAAGAUAAAGAAAACCCCAAAAAAAAACAAAAGAUGCAUAUAGAAAAUAGUAGCAAAUAUAAUGAAACCGAAAAGGCAAGUGAUUAUUUAAAAACUCCAUUUAUGUUGUCCAUUGAAUGCUUAGAUGAAAAUGAAAAACAAUUAAUUAAUAAGAGAGAAAUAAAAAAUGAGGAUAUGGAAAUUAUUAACCUAAAUCACGGCAAUGAUAUUCUAAGUAAUUGUAUGGAUACAUACCAUAAAAAUAAUUCAAUCCUAGCACCAGUAAAAAAAAGACCUAUAAAUAAUAUGAAUUAUUUAUUAAAUGAUCAAGCAUAUGACAAAAAAAAAUUACUUAAUGAGAAAAAAAUUAGAAAUUACUCAAAAUCAGAAGUAACUACAACUGAUUCAGAAUAUUCAUUUAAUGAAAAUCUAAAUAUUUCAUAUGAAAAUUUUAAAACUAAAAAUAAAAAUAAAAUGUUUUCUGUAGUAGACGAAAGAAAAAAUAAAAAGGAUUUAUUGAAAAUCAUAAACAGUAAAAAUAUUUUAAAUAUUAGAAAAAUCUUAAGAAUUAUGAGAGAGCUUUAUAUUGGAUUUAUAGGAUUACAAUUAAUUUAUUUUAUAACAUACAUUUUAUUUGGUAACAACAGCGUUUACUUAAUCCAAAUUAUUUCAAUAUCUUGUACCUUUUUUUCACUUUUGGAUGCUAAUUAUCACGGUUACAUACUAAAUGGAUUUAUCGAUAUAUGUAUAGCUAUUUUUUUAAACAUAGCUAUCAUAAAAGAUACAUCGGGAUUUAAAAGCUUACAAACUGAUAAUGUGCUAAAAAACAUAGCCACAUCAAAUGUCAUUCUACUUUAUAUGUUUUCUGUAUUUUCAUUCGUAAACAGCUAUUAUAUAUUCAGAUUACAUUCAUUAGAAAAACAAAGUAUUAAGCACAUUAUAAGGAACAUUGAAUCAAGAAAAGAAAAGGAAAUUAAAGUAAUUACGUAA